UUUAUCGAACAGUAUGAAGUAUCACUCAUGUAUCUACAGUCAGAAACAGCGUUGAAACGACUGGUAAUGAUAUUACGGAUCUCGCUUUUGUUACUUUUGCAAAUAUUCAUCGUCGCAUCUUCACAUAUUCAAGAAUGCCCCGCUGUCAUGGAUAUUGCCUUUAUGUUUGAUGCAUCAGGAAGCAUUCACACGAAUGACUUUGGCGCUUUGAAGAACAUGAUCCAAAGAGUUACCUCACAAUUCGUAAUCUCUUCUACUGGAACACACGUGGCGUUGAUGACGUUUGCGGAUUCUGUCAAUGAUCAUUAUUAUUUCAAGAACAAACAAGACAUCAUAUCUAUUCACAAGGCUAUACGGAGUUUAUCUCAUCCUGGAGGUGGCUCAGAUAUGGACACUGCCUUCAGUGAAGCUCGUAGACUAUUUUCAUCCGCUGAGGGGGGACGCAGUAUCGUUACACGUGUCCUCGUUAUCGCCACGGAUGCUGAUUUUAUCUUUGCAAGAAAACAUGAAGCCAUGGUUCCUCUUGUAAAGGAGAUGUCCGCCCUACGAGGUCACGUGAUCAUGCCGCUGCACACGAACAGUGAACUGGACUGUGCCUUAAUGUGUCUGAACACAAGAACCUGUUUCAGUUUUAACUACAAGACGAACAAAAAACUCUGCGAACUGAAUCAUACAAACAAGUUUACAUCUCCUGGUGACUUUAUCUGGGAUCUUGAUUCCACAUAUUAUGAAAUGGUUUUCACUUAA